GGAAAUGUUUCCUGGAAUUCUUAUUUAUUUCAGAUGAGUUAAUAAAACAAUACUGAGAACUGUCACUAUGUUAAAACUGGAAAGACUCCAAUUCCCCGGGAUUAAAGGAUGGAUUGGAGAAGUUUUUAUCAUUUUAUAUAUUCUCCGGAACUGCGGAGCAGGGAUUGGAAUUUCCAGUAACUGCUCCAGGUCACUGGGAAUGCAGGACGGACGAAUACUAGAUUCUCAGCUCAGCUCCUCAAGCUCAUACGAGCCUAACCUGACCGGAGCAAGCAACGCGCGUCUUCACACAGAGCGCGGCGGUGGUGCUUGGUGUCCUAGAACCCUGAUAGAUAACUCUAAAGAAGAACAGGAGUAUCUUGAAAUAGAUCUAGGAGACGAUUACCUUAUCAGUGGAAUUGUAACUCAGGGUAGAUUUGCGAAUGGUCUAGGCCAGGAGUUUGCUGAGUACUAUACCCUGGAGUACUGGAGGAGUCCGAACCCGUCCUUCACAACCUACACGGAGGAGAACGGUGUGAGCGUGAUCGAGGGGAAUAAAAACACCUUCCAGCCUGUACAAUACAACCUUUCAAAGGUUAUUGUUGCGUCUAAACUAAGAAUAGUUCCGUUUAGUCUGAACCCAAGAACUGUCUGUUUACGGGUAGAACUCAAGGGUUGUCCUUAUCCAGGAAACUUCUUUUCUUUGCUGAAGGAUGAAGCUAGGGAUGUAAAUGAGAACGGAUAUUAUCUAGCUGAGAGUGCGGGGGAGGAUGAGGAUUGGAACGAAUCUACUUACCUCGCUAUUGCGAUAGGAAUCCUCUGCAGUGUUGUAUUUGCUUCAGCUGCUGCCAUUGUUCUAGUAGUUUAUAGGAAUAAUUUACACAAGAAAACAUCAAGUUUAUCAAAAUACAAUUUCUUCUCUGAAGAGAGUGAUUCAAGUUUAAAGAACCAAACCCUUCAAGAUUCUAUGAGUACAGUGGAUCCGUCCUUAAACGGUUCAUCAUAUAAUCCAAACUAUUCCUUCCAGGACGCAUUCAUCAGACAUUCUAGUUUACCAAACUCAGGGAGAAUACAACACUCAGGAAAAGUAGAAAUUAGAACCCUGAGCAGGGUCCCGGAACCAGGACAAGGUUGGGGUGCUUUAGGUACAGAUUUAGGAAGAUUCUCUACUCCAUCACGGGAACCUUACCCUGCGGGACGGAAAGAAAAGAAUCAGUAUUACAGGCGGGACAUUCUAGCUCUGCCCAGGAGUAAUAUCAGGGGGGAAGGAGGAGGAGGAGUCACUAAUGCUAGAUCAGGGUCUCCUGUUCUCAUCAGUCUUAAAUCCAGUUCAUCCGGACAAUCAAUUCGGAGACAAACCUCUCCAGUCAGAAUCAAUCAAAGAGCAAAUUCUCCAAAUCAUUCAUGCUCCGGGCAUAUUUCAUUCCAGCCAGUCAAGAACCAACCUACGCACAGUAUUACAAAUUCCAAUCUGCGUUCUUGUACUCCAGGUCCAUCCAACUACAGACGUUGUUCUCCUGCUCAGGAGAGAAAACCUCUUCCACCGAGAAACAAGAAACCUUCUCCUGUGUUCUCAGAUGUGAUUCGUAAUAUGCCGGAGAGAGAAAUCCUUCCUAAUAGCUCGGAGAGAAAUAACCUCCGUAAUAACUCCGAGAGAGAUAAUUUCCGAAAUAGCUCCGAGAGAAGUGACCUCCAUAAUAUCUCCGAAAAAUAUAAUCUUCAUAAUUACUCUGAUAGAGGAAGGAUGCGCAAUACUCCUGCCAGUGAUAUUAAUCGCCCUAUCCAGAAGAGUGAAGUGCUCUGUACGAUCCCUAAUAGCGAUGUGCUCCUUGCUACCCAUGAGAGAGGACGGAGAAGAAGUUUCUCCAGUAGCAGUGCUGGAUCCUGCAGUCUUAGAUUAUAAUCAAGUAUAUUAUCAUUAUUUUUUUAUUAUAAUCAAUAUUUAUAUGCAUAUCUUUCUAUUUAUUCUGACAGAUUUAAAAAACA